AGGAAGUCUUGGCAUGAAACCUUGAGGAGUGCAAUGGUACCCUGGUGCUUGAGAAUUUGCAUUGCAAUGUGAGCAGUAUAACAAGGACUUCAGACUGAAUCCAGCCCACAAUGAUAGGAUGGAAGUUUUUUUGCAGAAGGGACUGAUCGUCUGAUGCUGAAGAUGACACAGGAACAGUACUUGACUCAACGAAACAACAUCCAGACCUCAGAAAACCAAUAUGUCUACAAAGUUGGGAUUUAUGGCUGGCGAAAGCGGUGCCUUUAUUUUUUUGUCCUACUCUUGAUGAUUCUGCUGUUGGUGAAUCUUGCUCUGACAAUAUGGAUCCUGAAAGUCAUGAAUUUUACAAAAGAUGGCAUGGGGCAUCUAAGAAUCACUGACAAGGGUCUGCGGUUAGAAGGACCAUCUGAGUUUUUGCAGCCUUUGUAUGCCAAAGAAAUCCGAUCCAAAGCAGAUAGUUCUCUUUACUUGCAGUCUUCUAGGAAUGUUACAGUGAGCAUCCGCAAUAGUCAGGAUCAGACUGUUACCCAAUUAAAUACAGGAAGUGAAGCUGUAGAAGCACGUGGCAAGAGGUUUGAGGUCAACUCAAAUACUGGAAAGUUAUUAUUUUCCGCGGAGGACAGAGAAGUGGUUGUCGGUGCUGAUCGUUUACGAGUCUUAGGUGCUGAAGGAGCUGUAUUUGAAAGCUCUCUGGAAACACCGCAAAUUCGGGCUGAGCCUUUUAAAGAGCUAAGGAAACACAGCAACCAAUCUGUGCACAACAAGUUUCCAAAAAAAAGCAAUAUGAUACUGACCAGGCUAGAAUCACCCACACGUUCACUCAUAUUGGAGGCACCAAAAGGAGUUGUUAUCGAAGCAGAGGCAGGUAACAUGGAAGCAGUCUGUCGAACGGAACUGAAGUUGGAAUCCGAAGAUGGUGAAAUCAGCCUGGAAGCCAGGAAAAUAAAAUUACCCAGACUACCUAUGGGUUCGUACACUUCCACACCGUCUGCUCGACAGAACAUAUUUGAGGUGUGCGUCUGCCCAAAUGGAAAACUAUUCCUUUCACAAGCAGGGGUGGGCUCCACCUGUCAAAUAAACAGCAGUGCCUGUCUAUAAAGGGAAAAUUUAAAAAAACUUACAGAGGGACAAAAUCCACAGGCAUUACCAACGGUGGGUUCAGACCUCGCAAAUGGUUGGCCAUUUCUACAUGGCAUCAGCCUGCUGAACACUGUGGAAAAAGCCUCUUGAAUAGACUCUGUGCUGACUGAUUUCAACCCUGUUCAAAAUGUUGUUUCAGUAUAGGGGAUAAAAAUGAAACAAAAAUCAUUUAUACUGAGACAUGUUCCUAUAACAUCUCUGUUCAAAGAGUGAGAAAAACAAAAGUAUGCCUUUGCCUUAACUGAAUGCACUCAGCAAGGAAAGCACAUUAUUUUUAAGUUUCAUGUGUGUAAUUGGGAGUGCAAAGAUUACAAAAUAUGUAAACUGAUCAAAAUCCACUAUGGAAGUUGAACCCAAUAAUCAUCAGGUUAUGGACUGUAGAAGUUUUGGUUGUGUACAUUAGGAAGGAAACAAAAUAAUAUAGAAGAAGGUAUAACAAGGUAAUGGUUGUUUAAUUUCUACCCUUAAGGUACCAUAAGGUAGUGUGAUGAUGGGUGUCAGUUAUCACAAUAAUCCCGUUUUGAGGGAUUUUCUUUUGUGGUACAUCAAUGUACUCCAGUUAUACUGUUCUUUUUGAAGUCUAACAUCAUAAAAUAUUGAUCAAUUAAUAAAUACUUCACUUUUUAAUCCUUUUUUUUGGAAAGUUUGUUGAAUUAAACUAAGCUGAUAACUGAAUGCAGUACAGAAGGCGUACUGUAUUGUCAAAGAUGUCACAUUUCUAAUGAGUUAUUAAAGCUUCUCCUGUCUGCUUUUAUGGGUAUAAAAGAACCCAUGGCUUUAUUUGAAUAAAAUAUUCAUCCCUCAACCAAUGAGACAAAAGAAAAUGUCUGUUAUAUUAAAUGGAUGUCCAUUUCAGUGCUGGGUGCAAGACAAAUUCUAUGUUUCCAUACAUAACAAAUAUCAGACACACUUCAAAAUAAUUCAUUGGAUGGGAAGUACUUUUGGGACACAUGAUAUGUUAUCAAAACACAAGAUCCCUCUUAUUGUAGAUUAAUCAAUAUUGCAGUGCAAAACAAUACUACAGGCUCAGCUCUAAAAUAUUAAUGAGUUUUUUGCUUGUCACAGUAAAUCUUCAUUAACCACCAAUUGUGGAGAGUUGAAACAUUUCUUGAAUGGUGCAGUGCCUUUCCUUUUUGUCCUUCUUCUCUGGACCUAAUGCUGCUUAUGUUCUCCAGCUGACCACAUUACCUAGAGACUAGUCCCAGGUUUCCAUGAAUCUUGUUCAAUUGCCAGUUACUUGCUCUAGCACAUGAGACUAGCCUCCUCAGAUAAAUGUGGAGAAUUUUCCCUUCAGUUAUACCAGUGGUAAGUGGCAUGAGCCGUCCAUGCUACCUUUCAGUAAGGUCAGAGGCACACAACAUGGAAAAUGCUGCUGCCAUUCUAUGAGACAGCAAGUUGCAGUUUGUUCCAUUAUUUGGCGCAGUGGCCUCUACAUAAAUUUCUUUAUUAAAGAUGGAUAAUAUGCUUAAUAAUAUAGAUGGUGUUACUAAUGAAUAAAUUCCCAGUAUAUUCCAGAAUAUUUAAAAACUGGCAAUGGGAAAUGGCAAUAUUUGAGAAACACUGCAGUAUUAAAACCUAUACUUAAUGUAAUGUUACACUGCAGAGUCACAGACAGAAUCUGCCACUACUUACUUUUUUGAUUCUUGCCUCAGUUAUGCAAGAUAAAUUUAAAUGGAUUUCUCUGUAGUCAUUCAAGCUGCCACACUUCCAGUGUGCAGACAAUGUCCACAGCCAUUGACUCAUACUGUAUAGCAGUGGAGCUUUCUGAACAAGGCAAUGACUUUCACUCUCCUUUAAAAUGUUUCUCCCUUCCAAUAACUAAGUCUGUAGAUUAAAGUUCAGUAAAAAUGUUUGCGUUUAUUUUAAGACAUUAGUAUUGCAUUUCUAUAAAAUAAGUAGCCAGAUUAAAAUUAAUAAGCAGAUAAUAAGUAAAUGUUUUUGAAAUUCCACAGGAAAGCAAUGAUUGAGAAAAUUAGUUUUUGACACUAAUGCUAAAACAGACACUAGAAUAUUAAUUACUCUUUGUACUUGCAUUUCAAUAUGCAGUUUCAUCAUGCAGAUGGGCCAAUACUACCACCCGUUCAAUACUCAUAACCAAAAACAGGAUUUUUGCCUCAAUUAAUUUAAAGUUAUUGAGGUAAUGCACUACAGUCUACAGCCUGUUGAUUCUGAGGGAAUUAUAAUCAGUGCACUCCUAGUGUGUAUGUACUGGUGUGUUGUGGUAGGUUAAUAGAAAAUUAUUUUGUUUUUUUAUAUAUAUAAAUAUAUUAUGUACCUACUUUAUGGCUUUGAGUUAUAGAAUAAGAAAAAGUCCCAGACCAAAGACUGAUGGGAAUUCGGCCAGGUAGUCCAUGAAUCAUAUGGUGCUUUUAUUUAUUGUGACUCUGUGAGGGCCCAGUAAAAUGUCAACUUGUGUCCUGUCAAAGGGUUUAAGACCAGGGUCAUCCACAGCACAUGGAUCUAGAGAAAAGAGCAAAAUGCAGUGGGAAACUCACAGGGCAGGAUGAGCAGCAAAGGCAGAUCCGAGGCAAAAACACAUAUCAUUUAAAGUGUUUGGAGUUUUCUAAUUCAAGCUCUCGACCCUAUCACCUAAAGAUUGCCUAAACAAAUUUAAACUACUGCUGGCAUUCAAGAAUUUGUGUCAUGCCCUUCUAUAUUAGUCCUACACAAUAAGAACGUUUUUAACAAUGUAAUGGAUAUCAUCUGAAUAUGAAAGCUUUUCUGCAUCUUCCGCCCUUGUUGCUGCUGUUAUCUAGACUUUUUUUUUGUAAAAUGGAUUAUUUUCCCUGUCCCAUCUUUUACAGUCUUUUUUGGUCAGAUUGUAUGCUAUUUUUGCCAUAAUCAUAUCACAACUCUGAUCAUGUCUCUGAGUGACAAUCAUGAAAAUUUAUCUUCUAAGUUUUAAUUUUUCUUCUCUCACUUAUAAUGAAAUGAUUAAAUUGUGUACUUAGUGUAAUAGCAUAAUGUAAGGAGCCUGAAUCCCACUACUAACAAAGCAACUCUAUGUCCACAGGGUUAGUUAAGAGAUACUUCUGCGUUUUGCCAAUCUUGCGAAGUUUCAGCUUACCUUGCAUGAUAUCAUAUAUAAGCUUUAAAUUUUAACCAAGGACAGGAGUUUGUUUUUAUAAAAAAGAGUUUUUUUUCCUAUUAUUGGACUCCUGAUUAUCGGUCUGGUGCACAUUUUGAUAUUUUUCACAGUAAUAGAUGAACCCUCUGGUCACAGAAAAUAAAACCUGUUCAUUUUGGAAAGAUUAAUGUGUUUUUUAGAAGGGUACUGUAGUGUGAGGUUGCUUUUUUAAGUUAAAAUGUAUUAUUUACUCAACAUCCCUCCACAUUUUGCUGAAGUCAAUUCCAGAUUUUAUGCAGAGAGCCCAUAUCACUGGCAGUGCUGAGUAAAUAGGUCUAUCCAUCAGCUCAAAUAAACAAUAGUUUGGUGUGAUUACUGUUUAUUGGUAGAAGUCGAAGGUAAAUAAAAGAAAUUGAACUGUUAGUGAAAUGGCACUAUAGAAUUACAAAGAAUUUACAACACAGAAAAGGGUGCUUAUUGCAAACUUUCAGCUAUGCUAUUUCAUCAAACACUAUCGGCAUAACCUAUUCCUUUCUUCCUCACAUACUAGCUUCUCUUAAGUGGCUCACACAAUCCAUCUGCUAGCAAAUUUUUCAGGAAAAUAAAUGGGUACUUUCUAUUCUUCUUCACAGUCCAUAUGAAGGGUCUCUACCCAAAACGUUGAAUGUCGAUUUCCCUCUACAAAUGCUGCCUGACCCAUUGAAUUCCUUCAGGGUUUUAUUUUUUUUGCUCCAAAUUCCAGCAUCUGCAGUCUUUUGCAUAUCUGCUUCCAACAAAGUAGUUCUUGGGUCUUUUCUUCUUCUGCAUCCAAGAUAAUCUGGGAAUAUUUUUAUCCUUAAAGCCUUUUUAUGGUACCUGCUUCAUGUGAAUAUUUUGAUCCUGAAUACAUUGCCAAAGCCUAGGAAAAUAGAAUUUUUUCAUAAUGCUAUCUCUUUCACACUGGAGAUUUUAUCCUGGUAUCAAGGGUAAUGUUAUAUAUUGCAGGAGCUAGAAAUCUCAAAUAAAAUAGAUAAUAUUGGAACUACUCAACAGGUCGAGCAGCAUAUGUGGAGUGAGAAAUAGAGCAAACAUUUCAGGUGGAUGACCUUUCAUCAGAUAGAUGAUGUUAGUUGGUCUUGUGUUUUUAUAUAGGACAACUUUGACCCUCAGAAAGGCUCUUGUAAGCACCUUGGUAGAGGUUCUUCUGAUAUCACUGCUAGGUCGCAAGGCUGCUUGUGGCCAUCUGGUUUGGUUUAUAGUAAGAUUGUAAACACAUUUCAUAAUGUUGUUGCACAUAAAGUUCAAAAAAAUUGCUGACCCUCUGCUGGUUAAUAACUUCCUAUCAUAUUGUGCAAGACUUUUCCAAACUCCAGCAAAUAAAAGGUCAUCCCCAUUAACCCUAAAUCCACAAUAUAUUAAUAGUUUUUGACAGCUUUACAUUGUUUUUGACCAGUUCAAUAAUGUCCUCAAAAUGUCCUUGAAAAAGAAAUGCAACAUCCCCAUUAACUCCUGGGAAUCCCUGACUCAUGACCACCCAAAAGUGGA